GAUUUUCAGUCAAACCGAAACCGCCAAGUCAAAGAUCUCAAAAGUAUAUAAGAUCCUCAAACCACCUUUCAGUGUGUUGAUUCUUCCCACUAUCACAAGUCUUCCAAUCUUCUUUAGACAACCAAAUCAAGUUCAAAAGCAUUAUAUCCUUGAUUAUUACUUGCCAACAUGCAUUUCCAAGCUUCCAAACUCUUCCUCUUCGCCUCGGUCUUAGCUCCGAGUCUUCUCGCUUCGCCAAUAUCUUUUUUGGUAGAAGGCAACUCUACCAUCACAAGCUUCACUCAAUUCGUUACAUUGGCUGAAGUUUCUAAGGAACGAUACUGUCAUGUAAAUCUGCAUUAUUGUGGUUGGAAUCUGAUCAACAAUUACAACGAAGAUUACCAUACCCGCAUCUCCAAUAGACUCUGCAAAGUGAUUGGGGACUGCAAUUUUUGGAGUGGGAAUGUCUGGAACUCUUUGUGGAAUUGUGGGAAUGAUUUGGAGUUUCUUGGGAUUUGCGGAGGAGAGAACAGCUGCCGGGAUGGGGGAUCUGGGCGUCAUGAUUAUUGCAAGGCUUAAAUGGGAAGGAGUGUAUCGGUUCUCAUGUGAAUAUAGGUGGAUGACUUUAUAUCAGAGGCCUUUGUAGUUACACUUAAGCGAAAGCGAAGGCUAGCUCUUUGAAUAGCCCUUAUGUAAGGCCUGUUCGAUUCAUACUUAGCCGACUCUUUAGACUGAAUAAAACCUGACACUUAGAACCUAAUCAUAGGUUCUACGACAUCUGUACUCCA